GUCGGACCGACCUUCAGCAGAGCUGGGGCCACCAUGUUCUCUCGGGCGGGCGUCGCUGGGCUCUCUGCCUGGGCCUUGCAGCCGCAAUGGAUCCAAGUUCGAAAUAUGACAACUUCGAAAGAUAUUACCAGGCGUCUAAAGUCAAUCAAAAAUAUCCAGAAAAUUACCAAGUCUAUGAAAAUGGUAGCAGCAGCAAAAUAUGCCCGAGCUGAGAGGGACCUGAAACCGGCUCGAGUGUAUGGAAUAGGAUCUUUGGCUCUGUAUGAAAAAGCUGAUAUUAAGGCACCUGAAGACAGGAAGAAACACCUCCUUAUUGGUGUGUCCUCAGAUCGAGGACUUUGUGGUGCUAUUCAUUCCUCUGUUGCUAAACAGAUGAAAAAUGAGGUGGCUACGCUCACAGCAGCUGGAAAAGAAGUUAUGCUUGUCGGAAUUGGUGAUAAAAUCAGGGGCAUACUUUACAGGACUCAUUCUGACCAGUUCCUGGUGACAUUCAAAGAAGUGGGAAGAAAGCCCCCUACUUUUGGAGAUGCAUCAGUCAUUGCCCUUGAAUUAUUAAAUUCUGGAUAUGAAUUUGAUGAAGGCUCUAUCAUCUUUAAUCAAUUCAGGUCUGUCAUCUCCUAUAAAACAGAAGAAAAGCCCAUCUUUUCCCUUAAUACUAUUGCAAGUGCUGAAAGCAUGAGUAUCUAUGAUGAUAUUGAUGCUGAUGUGCUACAAAAUUACCAAGAAUACAAUCUGGCCAACAUCCUCUACUACACUCUGAAGGAGUCUACCACCAGUGAGCAGAGUGCUAGGAUGACAGCUAUGGACAACGCCAGCAAGAACGCUUCUGAGAUGAUUGACAAAUUGACUUUGACGUUCAACCGCACCCGCCAAGCUGUCAUCACAAAAGAGUUGAUUGAAAUUAUCUCCGGUGCUGCAGCUCUGGAUUAAUGAAAAUCAAGUUUCAUCCUCAGAAAAGAGGUGAAGGAAAAUUCAGCCAGCUGAUUUUGUUUUUAGCGUAUUGCUGUUUUUGGCAGAAGAAAUUGUUGGUCCAUUGUUUGAAUUACUAAAGACAGCAAGAUAUUUGUAAAUUAUCUUACAAUAAACAACUUACAAUAAGAAAAA